AUGGACAGGGGCGGGGCGACGCGAGGCAGCGCGAGCGGACGGGAUGGGGCGGGGCGGGACGGGUGUCCCGUGGCCGUGAGUUCUUAGGUCAAGGGCAAAAGCUGCCUGGCAGCAGGCUUGAUGCAGCACCAAGUGGCCAUCGUCACCGGCGGGGGUACGGGCAUCGGAAAGGCCAUCGCGACCGAGCUCCUGCAUCUAGGGUGUAAUGUGAUCAUUGCAUCCCGUGAGUCUGAUAGAUUAAAAUCUGCCGCAGAUGAACUGAAGGCCAGUCUGCCUCCUACCAGCCAGGGUCAAGUCAUGCCCAUAAAAUGCAACAUCUGUAAUGAAGAGGAGGUGAAUAAUUUGGUCAAAGCCACCUUAGACUUUUAUGGUCAGAUCAGUUUCUUGGUAAACAAUGGAGGAGGCCAGUUCUUCUCUCCUUCUGAACACAUCAGUUCAAAGGGGUGGAAUGCUGUGAUUGAAACCAACCUGACGGGCGCCUUCUACAUGUGCAAAGCAGGCAAGUGUGAUCAGUCAUCCAAGAAGUCCAAGUCUUAUGUUUCAUAGGUGGUAAUACUCAACCCCGAAGUUGGGCAUAGUGGAGCUGCCAGAGAAGGUGUUUACAACCUCACCAAAUCCUUAGCUGUGGAACGGGCCAGCAGUGGAAUAAGGAUCGACUGUGUUGCCCCUGGAAUCAUUUAUUCCCAGGCUGCCUUUAACAACUAUGGUCAUUUGGCAAAAGACUUAUUUGAAGGGUACUUUCAGAAAAUCCCAGCUAAAAGACUUGGAGCUCCUGAGGAGGUGAUGUUCUUGGCCAAAGAACCAGACCUUGGGCCACUGUGCAGGAAUCUGUACAUUCUCACCUUGGGCUUCCUUUCUUUCGAGUGUGGAUACCAGCUGCACUGCCUGCAGACUGCCUCCGAGAAAGAUUUUUCCCGCUCCACUGUCUUACAGGGCCACCCCUGA